AUAUUUGUUUGACUUGUUUUGGAGUAUCUUAAACGUCCUUGUAACUCUGUUUUUCUACAUAUUCUCCCAACGCCAAAUUUCAUUCCAUCUUUCUCUGCUCUUUCUUCACUUCAACCCUCCUUUCUCUUCAUUUUUCUAUUCACACCCCUUUCCUAACCUCAAAAUGAAGAAAGUGGUGGUGAAGUUGGAUUUGCAUGAUGACAAAGCAAAACAAAAAGCCAUGAAAUCAGUUUCUAGCAUUUCAGGCAUUGAUUCAAUCGCCAUGGACAUGAAAGAGAAGAAGCUGACAGUAGUUGGUGACAUAGACCCUGUGGAAGUUGUGAGCAAAUUGAGAAAAUGGCACACUGAAAUUUUAACAGUGGGGCCGGCGAAGGAGGCGGAGAAGAAAAAAGACGAUGGAAAAAAAGAUGAUAACAAGAAGAAAGAAGACGAGAAGAAGAAAGAUCCAAAUGAACAGAUUGCUGAGCUUGUGAAGCAAUAUAGAGCAUAUAAUCCUUACAUGACGACAUAUUAUCAUGUUCAGAGUGUUGAAGAGAAUCCAAAUGCUUGUGUUAUUUGUUGAGUAUUAUAAUGGUUUGAGAGAGACAUGGAAUUGAGUUGGAAAAAGUCAGGAAUGUUUGCUUGUAAAUUAUGAAUUUGGUUGAUGUAUUAUUAUUAUAAUUUUUAUGAGAUUGAGACAUAAAGAGGA